UUGAAGGUACAAGACGGGCAGAAAAAUUGGCAGAAAAAGGAUUUUUACCGCCCUCUGUAACUCUGUAUACAGUGUAGUGGCAUCGUCACAAGGGGUCUACAACAAGACUACGCGGUGUCAUUUGUUAACCCCAUCACAAGUAACCGACAGUAAUCUAUUUUAGUCACAAUUAAAGGAUGUUGUGAACACUGCAGUGAAUACACAGGGUUAUGGUUCCACGUUUGUCGUAUGGGCCUUAGCCUGUGGAAGUUUACAUUACAUUCACCCUGGGUCACGGACAAAACGCGUUGAAGGAAAUCUGUGUCCCCAGGAGGAAAGCAAGUGGAUUCGGGGAAGUGGUCUGCUCCCAGCUCGAUCGAGCAGUCAGUAUUUUCAUCAUCAACCUGGUUGCUGUCUUUUCUAAAUGGAACAUGAAAUAGAUUUGUCAGUGAGAUUCUGACAUGAUGAACCAUGAUCAUGAACCACAUGGGACCAGUGGGAAACUCUAGACAUCUACCCCAAAAUUCAACAACUGUUGUCUGUUCGACUGACAGCUACAGGGAGAAACUAUGAUAUAUUUUGACCUGGCCUAGACUUGCACUUGGCAGCUUAAAGUCCAAUGCUGGGCGAAACCCGCACAGAAUUAAUGGGUCAGCGAUUUGCACUGAUCGUGCUUUAGGCAUCAGGGACGGUAACCUGCUUCACAUUCCAUGUAUGUUUUACCCUACAGACCACGGGGGACUCCCUGGACUGGUCACCGUCCCUAUUGGGUUGUAGGGUAAUUACAAUAACUAUUAUGGCGUAUCUGAACUGUUGCACAUGCGUUUUUCGUAGGAAGAGGAGCAAUUAUAACAAACCGGGUGGAUGACCUCUUAAGUAUAACAAACAAAUUGCACAGGCAGUUGCGCGGUUGCUCAGUUAGAAGAGUGCUUGACUUGUAGGCAGCAAGGUAAGGGUUCGCGUAUGCAGCCUCUUGCAGAAAUAAAGGAUUUCGAACCGGGGAAAUUCCAAGAUGGUUGGUAGGUGCGGUACACGUUAUUUCCAAGGUGUUCACAUCGUACUGUGCAUGCACGUUAGCACGAUGCUUUGGGCGGGCCUCACCAAAGCUCUGGGGGUGCUACUACCCACUCUUCGUGAGCAAUUUACAGCCGACACCUGGAUGAUUGGCAGUCUGAUAGCGGCCUCGGUUGCCGCGGCAGGUUUUGCAGGUCCCUUCUCUGGGCCACUAGAUCGUAUUUUUGGAACUCGUACUGUGGUCAUAAUUAGCAGUUUCCUCAGUGGAGCGUCUGUGAUUCUCUCGUCUUUUUCAACCAGUACUCUCCAUGUGGCAUUAUCGUUAUGCUUACUGGCAGGACCUGGUUUGUCUAUCAUCUGUAUUUUGACCAGAGCAAUGGCCGGACGUCAAUUCACCACAGGCUAUGCCAUCGCUACUGGUGUUGGGAGCUCAGGCCACGCUCUGGGCAUGAUGUUCAUUGGACCCCUGGCUCAAGUGUUUUUAGACACCUACGGCUGGCGAGGUGCCUUGCUACUCCUUGGGGCAAUAAGUCUGCAUCUUUGUGCGUUUGCCUUCUUGCUAACUGAGUCUGUAAAGGUACGGGACAAGUACGUACCGAUUGUCUCCAGUGAAGAGGAGCCACCUAUCAGUAUACCAGAAAAACCCAAUACGGAGAAACAAUCCCAACUCCACGUCUUGAAGGCCGCCAUUACAGCUGGAAAGAAGUUGUUGGGAUGCUCAGUUUGUGGCCGAGCCGAGUUCUGGAUUGCGUUUCCUGUUUUUGGGUGUGAUUCUUUUGCGACAGAUAUGUGGCUGAUGUACUUCGUAGCUUACGCUGACACGAAAGGUUUCUCUGGACACGAGGCUGUAACGUUCACUCUAGCUGGAGGUAUAGGAAAUAUGGUUUCCAAGAUCAUCUUUGGCCUUAUCUUAGGCAGAGGGUUGGUUAACGUACGACUCAGUCUCUUUGUGACAAUCACUUCGAGUUCGCUGGCUUUACUCACCCUCACCUGGAUAAACUCAUACUGGGCGAUGAUGGUCAAUGCAUUUCUCUACCAUGGCCUCAGUGGAAUGUUAACCGUACUGAGUGACAUUUACACCCGCGAACUGCUUGGAACUGAAGAUUUAGCCGCCGCUUUCAGCUGGAUAGGUGUUUUAACGGCAGUGCUUGUUCUUGCUUUUGGAUUUUUCCCAGGUUUGAUGUUUGACAUAUCUGGGAGCUUCGAAAUAGCGUUCGUCAUCUUGGCAUGUAUAGCUAGUCUGUCGUUGGUGUCGCUGUUGGCGGAGGUGCUGUUAAAUCGACAUAAGGAGAGAUCACUCUGAAUGUCCAUAGUGUCCCAAUCAUCAUGCUGCACAUCAACUUUUGAUAUCCAUGUAAAGAGGAAUUCGCCAGAAUGAAAAUGCCCAAUUUAAGUAAACGAGAAGUAAAUGCUACGGAUAUUAGUGCUUCACUAAACGUUUAUUUUGAAAGGUGUGUAAUUUGAGUAUUGAUAAUAAUAUUGGUCAUAUAUGAUGGUGAACGAUUUCGGGUUUUAUCAAAUUCUGGAAAAUUACCCCAUAUGUAAAUCCAAAUUAUUAACCAAGAGUUUUUAUUAGGGGACGGGGAAUUAUUGGUGUAUGGCGUAUAACGACACCCAGAUUGAAAACAAAAACGAAAUCAAAUUAUUUUUAUGGGCAGUGGAUUUUUUUGGGGGGGUAAUGUAUCACCAAACUUCUAAAAGGUUAGAGACCUGUAUACACCAUUAUUUAAUAAGAAAAAACAUUCGAGUCUGAAUUUUGGUCAAUUAUGAAAAUGUUACAAACGAAACCAGCAGAGCACAGUAUCCUUGCAUUGCAAAUUUUCUGGCUUGCUGAGGUGCCCCCAAACCAUGUUGGAUUUACUCAAAUUUUCCAAGAGGCAUUUAUUUAGAAAAUGGAGCAGGUUUAAUCUUGAGGUAGAAUUAAAACACUCAUCUUAGAAAAUAGGCAUCUUAUUCUCCUGAGUAGUUCAGCUUGGUACCAUUUACAAAACGUACAAGCACUCUGAUAUUAACUGCAAGUAAUGGGUGUAAGCUGGAAACCGUAAACCGAUAUAUCGUGCAUAAUGUGCACAAAAUUCACAUUUUACUUGUUAUGUUUGUUUAUGGAUUGGUUCGUUCUAGCGCAUUUAUGCCAGAAAAUAAGCACAUACGUUUUCCAAGUUAAUGCAAGUAAUAUCCAUAUUAAAUAAUUUCAUAUCCACA